AAACUCCGUGCAGUCAUGCUGAAGAGGUGGUUUCUGGCCAUGGUGGUCCGUAGGGGACUUAUGCUCAUGGUGACAUUCUGCUUCGUGUCCCUCCUGUAUUUCCUGACCUGCAGACCUCAUGGAAACCAAAAGCACCAAAUGUUUAAAGGGCCAGUGGAUGAUAUGAAGUACCAGACUUUGCUGCAAGAACACGAGGAGCAAUAUCACCACUAUGCCACCAGCCUCACAAAGCAAAUCUUCCAGUUGAAGAAGGCUCUCCAAGUGAGGAGAAGACAGCUGCAGAAGUCUCUGGAACAGGCUGCUGUAAUGCUUCCACUGAAGUUGGAAGAACUGGGGCAGAAGAGUAACUCAGAGCUUGAGGUGUUCUUCAACAGGCAGCUGCACCAUGCAGAAAUUCAUCUAGGCACAAAUUUACCAAAUGAGCAUGCUCUGGUGCCAUUUGAGACCUUUACUCUUCACAGGGUCUAUCAGCUGGAGACUGGGCUUGCACGGCACCCUGUGCAAAGAGCUCUUCAGAAGGACCUGGGUGGAGCGUUAGAAGCCGCCCUACACAUCCUAAACGAUCCUCAGAAAAGGGACAACUCUCGCUACCAUAGAAUAUACUCCCCACGGGACUUUUUUGAGGGAAUUUUCCGCACAGAACGAGAUAAGGGGACCCUGUAUGAUCUCACAUUCAGAGAUAAUACUUCCCUGGACUUCAGGAGGCUACUUUUCUUUCGUCCAUUUGCGCCUCUGAUGAAGGUGAUGGAAGAAGUAAUUGACACAUCCAACAUGCUAAUAAACAUAAUCGUGCCAUUGGCAGAGAAGGUGGACUCGUUCAGACAAUUCAUGAAUAAUUUCAGGGAAGUUUGCAUUCGGCAAAAUGAAAGAGUUCAUCUGACUGUGGUGUUUUUUGGAACACAUAAAAUGGAUGAAGUGAGAGGAAUUAUAGAUGCCACUGCAAGGAAAAUGAGAUCCAGGAACUUCACUCUAAUACAUCUAAAUGAGAAGUUUUCCAGAGGGAGAGGUUUAGACAUGGGAGCUCGGGCCUGGAAGAAGAGCAAUGUCUUGCUUUUUUUCUGUGAUGUGGAUGUACAUUUUACUGCAGAGUUCCUCUACUCCUGCCGCAUGAAUGCCCAACCUGGUAAAAGAGUCUUCUAUCCCAUACCGUUUAAUCAGUACAACCCAGAAGUAAUAUAUGGUGAACAUAACAUACCUCCAGUUGAUAAACAGCUGGUAAUCAGUAAAAGUAUGGGAUUCUGGCAUGACUUUUCGUUUGGGAUGACAUGUCAAUAUAGGUCAGAUUUUGUCAACAUAGGUGGCUUUGAGUCCAGUAUAAAAAGCUGGGGAAAGGAAGACUUGCACCUCUACAGAAAAUAUCUUCACAGCAAUCUCAUGGUAGUGCGGGCCCCUUCACGAGGACUCUUCCAUAUGUGGCACGAGAAAGUUUGUGCAGAUGACUUACCGACAGAGUCAUUUAAAAUGUGCAUGCAGUCUAAAGCUAUGACUGAGGCUUCCCACAGCCAGAUGGGGGAGCUUUUAUUUCACCAGGAAAUAGACAGUCAUCUACAUAAACACAAACUCAGUGAUAAUGCUGACAUUAAGGGCACAUGA